ACGGCGGACCGGGCGAACGGCGGACGUUCGGUUCUGGAAAAGGGGAAGAAACAGCUGUUCGGUGGUGGACAUGUUUAUCGGCGCGACCGCACGGGGAUGCGUUGUCGUUCCGGGGCACGUACGACGUCGGCUCGCGAGAUAACGACGGCCGGGAAUGAUGUGAUCGCGGAAUGUGGGACGAUCGCGAGUCGGUGGUGAGCGCGCUACGACGUCCGGUGCUACGUGCGUGAGAAGCGCGGUUCCUUUACGCGGGUUAUGUUUCGUCGGCUCCGCGCGCAAGGAUCAUGGCGCAGUGCAAGUUAACCCCGCGGGAGUUUAUCGGCAACGCUUUCUCUCCGCAGAUCGCCGUGGUCUGCUCGGCCGCGGCCGACGCCGCAUGCCAGAAGAACAAUCUGUCGUUCGUCGAGCUGCUCCAACCGUUUUGCAAAUUAAAUACCGAAGGUCACUUUAAGGAUCCUCAAGGCAAUACGAUAGCGAUUAGAAAUCUUCGUCUUUCCAUACAAGACAUUAGCGCGCGACCACCAGAACCGAGUCUUGCCAAAAAGUUGUUGAACGAAGCGGUCAGUUCUGCUCUGUGCGAACGUACAACCACAGUGCCCAUCAGCUCGACCGAGUUAGAUAUCCCCGUCUCCGUUCCUUGGUUCGAGGCAUGGAGAGAAACGUUUCUGAGCGUCCAGUUUCCAUCUGAUCAUGAAUUUACAAAGCAUCUGCUUGCGUGCAUGAUAGUUGUUUCCACAGCGGAGGACAAUCCAUUGGAAAGAAUUCAGACUAUGGGAGCGCAAUUGCAUCAAAGUAUACCAGGAAAGUUGCCUAAAUGGUUUAACAAUAAUGCCCUUAGGUAUUACAUCUUAGUUCACGACGCUAUUCAGGAUGACAGAAAUAAAGCAGAAACAGUUUUUACAGACAUGAAGACUAUUUAUGGUGCUAAUAAUUGCUUUUUAUUGCAAAUGAAUUCGAGACCGCCUGGUUUUUCCGACGACAAUACGCAUUUGCCUGACCCUUGGAGUCAGUUCUUAACAAAACAUUCAGAAUUGGCUGGUAGCAGCGAACAGAAUAGUUCCCCUCGUACACCUGCGGAUAUAGGUGGAGUAUCUGCCAUGCCGAGCGAGCUGACUACAGAGACUGAAAAAACAAGCCAAGCCGGAACACCGCUAAUGCCGCAUAACUGCGUUACAUUGCCAUCUCCAGAUUUAGCCGAACUAGUUUCCGGAAUUGACACAAUUAGUCUCUCAUCUGAAAUAUCCGAGUCGACAAAUACAAAUUUAGAAGUUGGACAAGAAGCAGUUCCAGUUACAAUUCAUCCACUCAGUCCAGAGAAUGAGAAAGGCUUCAUUCCCGCGACUAAUGUCAAGGGUCAAUCCAUUGUUACUAACUCACCAAUAAAUACCAAUGUCUGGGCGGAUUCUCCAAAUUACGUAGUUGCUCAACACGGUGCUCGUCUUUCCACCCAAGAUCUAGAAAGAUUACGGACACUAAUAACGGAAUUCUGUUUGCGAAGCUUGUUGCCUUAUGUAGAAAAGCAGAUUGGCCUAUUGAACGAUGUAAUUUCGAACAAGAGGGUCAGUAGAUCGCUAUUUAGCGCUACGAAAAGGUGGUUUACUACAAAUAAGCCUGGUGUGCCAGGUUCGGCUCCAUCAAAUGCUGUAAUUUACACAACAGAAUCGCCAGAAUUACAAUUACGACGCUUAGGCGAUCUAUGUUUCAUGUUCGGUCACUACUCGCUCGCUUAUCAGGCUUAUCACAGUGCAAAGCGCGACUUCGCGGCGGAUCAAGCAUGGGUAUAUUACGCGGGCGCUCUUGAAAUGGCUGCUUUGAGCGCUUUCAUGCAAGGCGAGACAAACAGGAAGACCAUCGAGUACAUGGACGACGCGAUAUUGACGUAUGCGAACACAUGUAAGAUGCCUCAGUUUGCAACGAGGGCGACGCUGCUCAGCGCCGAGUGUUUGAAGGGUCGGGGAUUGUACGGAGAAGCCGCGAAGCAGUUAAUACGGAUGACCAGUGAGGAUUCCGAUUUACGUUCGGCUUUGCUGCUCGAACAGGCCGCUUAUUGCUUCAUCGGUCCGAAAAUGAUGCGCAAAUAUGCCUUCCACGCGGUUCUGGCUGGACAUAGAUUCUCGAAGGCCGGCCAAAGAAAGCACUCCUUGAGAUGUUAUCAGCAAGCGUAUCAGGUGUAUUAUGAAAGGGGCUGGUCUUUAGCAGAGGAUCACAUCCAUUUCACGAUCGGCAGGCAAGCCGCAUCCCUGAAACAAGUCUCCGAGGCGGUGAAGGCGUUUGAAAAGUUACUUAAUGCUUCUAGUAAACAGCACGCUCCGCAACAGGCGGCGUUUUUACGAGAAUUUUUACACACUUAUAACUUACUGUUUCAGGAAAACGGUACGAGUUGUACAGGACUUCCCAUUUUGCCUUUGCCGCUAUUGGAUAAUAACAAUAUCAAAGUGCUGUACGGUCCGUUGGGCAAACAAACCGAAAGCAAUAUUCCAGCGAGUCACGUCACGUUCACCGAAGAAACGGAUGACGCGAGAUGGUCGAAAAUGGAGGAACUGUUGAUAACCGAGGCGCAGGGUUUUCCGCCCAUGAUAUUUAAGCCGACCGUCGCGCUAUACUCUAGAAUAAGUAAUAACGCUGUAAAACCUAACGCGGUUCUAGACGAACCAGUGCAUUAUUCUAUCGAAUUGCACAAUCCGCUACACGUCCCGCUACCGUUGUCUGACGUGACUCUGUUGUGGUCAUUCACUUGCAAUAACGAGACUAUCACGAACGAAAUAAAAACGAUCGACGGCUCAAACCCGGUCGAUUCGGACGUUAUAGACGCGAUUUUGUUGCAACCGGCAUGCAAACAGAAUAUCGUGUUGUCUCUCACGCCUAGGAGAGUGGGCGAAUUGAAGAUCUUAGGUAUAAGUUAUAAAUUAUCCAAUCCGGUACAGACGAUAAGCGAUUCACCGGUCGCAAACUCGACCAUCAUCGUCGCCGGUAAGAGAUUGUUUGAGAUUACACCGCCCAAACUGAAAGGUAUCAAAGAGAAACCCGGCGUGAAUGUGUACGGGAAGGAUUAUAGGCUGGAGAUGAAUGUGAUAGAGAAGGCGGCAUUUAUGCAGAUACUCUUCACUAAAUUGUCGCCAGAAAUGCUGUGCGGCGAAGUACAAAGGGUGGAAGUCACUUUAAAGAACAUAGGUAACGCACCGUUGACGAACAUAUAUAUUGCAUCCACCGAUGCCAAACUUUUCACGUUAGGGAACACGGAAAUCGAUACAUUCGGAAAUGAAGAUUUAAUUGCAAGGAAAAGCAGUAGAUCAGUUACAAAGGUGAUAUUACCGGUCUCCAAGAACGGUGUGUUAAAUGUAGGCGAAACUCACAAAAUGCCACUUUGGGUGCAAGCACCGCACGUGAAGGGCACUCACAGAUUAGAUCUGCUCUUCUAUUACGAAAGCGUCGAAUCAAAAGCUGCUUCGAAGCACCGUUUGUGCCGGCACACCUGGCAAUUAACGGUGUUGGAUUCGAUACAAAUUACCGCGGUCGCCGCCAGAAGCGGACUGUUCAAACAUGACUCGCCGACGUUAAAUUUAAUCAUGUCCGUUAAGAAUACCAAUCAAGUUCACGAUCCAUCCAUAAACGAGAUUAUCCUGUCCGAAGUGUCGCUACAGAGCGCCGUGUGGUCUGCGUUUCAUUCCUCGGUUCUACCACCAAGCGUAAAAGUGCAACCUCAAGAGGUGUUCCAUCUGAUGCUGAAGCUGAAGAAGAAGAAGGCCGACGGCAAAUCAACCAUUUCCGACGUAUCCUUAACUCCUAACGAAGAUGACAAGACACUGAUCGACAGUUAUCCGUUUAUCAGUUUUGUACAGAGACGUUACAUCCAGCCACUGGACGUGAAUGAAAGUGCGAGUGACAUGCAACAGUUUCAAUCACAACAUAAUGCCGAGCGAAACUCCAUAUCGAAUAUUAUGGCAUUAAAUUCCACGCUGAUUGUGAAGUGGUGCGCCAACGUGACGGAGAGCGGCGUGAUCACCCGAAUGGCGGUUGGACAGCAUCACCUCGAGCUCGAGCAUUUAAACAAGACGUAUAAACAUCCGAAGGAACCGCGUACCGAGCGUAACGAAUACGGCGCUCGGUUGAAAGUCUUCGGCCCGGACCGGAACGUAUCGAAUAUAGUAACUGUCCCGCUUAAGGACCCCGCAUGGGAAGCGGAAUAUCUGAAAAGUCUAAUCUCUUUUUCCCUCGGUCAUCAAAGGCAGGUCACGCACGAUUUUCGGCGAAGUCGAUUGUGCAUUGUUCCCGUGACAAUGUAUCUGCAAAAUCACUCAGAGGCGCGAGUCGAUGUUAAAAUAAGUACGAUAGGUACCAGCAGCGAAACUCAUCUUCCGAAUAUUAAGUCACAACUGUACUCACCGCAGGCUUCGACGUACUACAAGUACGCUGGUCACUCGUCAAUUUAUUCUGACGUCGAAGCGCACGCAAGUAAUACCAUGAAGCUACACGCCGUGCUGCCCAGCGCGGGAACGUACGACCUGGCGGCGCGAAUAGAGAUCUCCGUUAAAGUUGUAAAUAGUCAGGAAUAUGUCGCGCAGAAAGGAAAAAUGGAGAGUAUAUGCAUAAUUAAUGACGGCAGUACAUAAAUUAAUACCUAUCGCGAUUACAGUCACUAACAGAUAUGGAAGUGCUAUUUUCAGUAUAACUCAGAAUCAUUCCUUGUCAGUAUAUGUACAUACGCCGUAUGUUGAAAAUUGUUACAUUAUAUUAUAAUUGAUAUUUUAAUAAUGUCAACAUAUUUUUUACCUGAUAUAUCACGUUUCAGCGUCGAUUGCUUUACGUGGAUAAUUAUUUUUUGUACUUCGAUGGUCGAGUACACGAGCGUGAUACGCAACCAAACCGAAAUCUCUUGUCUCGGGAUCGAUUACAUUUAGUUGGUUUUGCUAAUGUGAUUACUUAACUUUUUUACGACCUGUUGAUCUCGAGCUACCUCACAAUAAAUUACGAAUAAGCAGUCGAGCGCGUGGUGAGGAAUUUGAACAGAUUUUUUUUACCGCAUCGCGCUCAAUUGAGCGACGACUGCGUAUCUUUAACUGCCAAACUAAUGACACGCGUUACCUUUUAUCAAGACAUAUCGUCUGUAAAGCACCUUUAUAAUUAUCAAUCACUUUCGUGCUACCAUCUUUGCUGUUAUCGGCGAAAGAAAUUCCUUUUCUUUACGCGAAUGAGUUCAUUUAAAUCUCAGACGUGUAUGGAACAAGUGAAAAAUAAUUUCUUUUGUCGCGUGCAAAAGAAAUUAGAGAUAUCGUUUUCGUUUCUCUGUAAACUCAAUAUGUAUAUUAUGUUCAGUGAUUAACGAUGUGAUUACUUAUGACGACAGCAUAAAAAAAUAGAGAUUUUUCAAACGUUUCGCAAACGCAUGAAACGCGAAUACGUAUUAAGGAAAGGAUUUUGAAAGUGUUCGGAUGAAAUUCAAAGGAACAAAAUAAGGAAUAUUUAAGGUCUUUUAGGUAAUAGGCUUGUAUUUUUUGUACAGUGUAUUUCUUAAGAAAUAAGAAUGUGUAUUAAGUCAAUUUUCAUGAACAGGAGUCUCAGUAUAAAUUAUAAUAUAAUGCGAGAAAGAAACCCUGUACAUAAAACUUGUCAAAUUCGCGAGUUAAGUAAAUAAUGGGCGAAGUUAUUCAGCACUUUUAAUGAUUAGAAUGGCGUUUGUAGCAUACUGUCUUUCCAUAACACGUUAAACUUCCCGUUAAACAUGAAAAUUUUUAAAUAACUCUUGUAAAAAGAAUAUAUAAUUACUAUAGGAUGAAUUAUCCUUUAUAAAAUAAAGAGGUCUAGGUUUUUUGUAAAUCUAAAAUGACAUGUGUUAGAAUAUAUUUAUUCUGUAAGUAUAUCUCAAGGAGUGUACUGAACCUUUGAUAAUGCAUUACAAAUAUAUGUACAAUCAUGUAGAUAUAGUUAAUAUAAAUGUAAUUAUUUCAUGUAACAAUUGCA